UAAAAUUUUAAUUAAAACAUUUAUUUAUAUUCAAUUCUGCCAGCCUCUUGUAUCCAACAGAAAUCAGAAUCAUUCUUUAUUCAAAACAUUAUAAUUUUUCUUUCGAGGACAUUAAGUAGGUUUGAGAGUAUUCUUCAGAGUAUUGGAGUGGCCUCCGCAGCGAAAUGAGCAUACCACUUAGACGUUGUAACAAACCCCUUCAAGUUCACUCAAAUUUUAUUCAUUCAAAUUUUUGUGAACAAGAAAAUGUACUUUCAAGAAAAUAAAACAGGACAAUAGGAUCCCUUCAUGUUUCCAUUUACUUUCAUUUUGUAUUAUUUAACGAAAAAAUAUCCUAAAUAAUACUUAAAAUUAUUUAUAAAAAUUAAGAAGCAAAUCCGCGGGAAAUAUACAAUCUAUAAGUUCGGACACUGACCUUAAAAAGUUCAAAAGAGGUCACAUUGCAACUGACAGCCAUAAAUCAUUUACAACUCGCAACUUACAAAAUAAUUUCGAAAAAGUAAAUUACUUUCAAAUUAAGAACAGGGUUCGUCAUAGAAACAAUUUGAAACAAAAGUAACGUAGUGAAAAAACAGACUGUUUGACGUUUGCGUCGUGUUGUUUUUUGUCUUAAAAAUAAUUGAAUAUUGCGAAAAAUAAAUGAUGUUUUCCGAUGAAGAAAUAAAAGAAGAAAUACCAGAGAGUGGGUUCAUGAGGCCCGGCGAUGAGAUAAUAAGUAUUCGUGAAGUGUGUUUGAGUGACAAGUUUGACAAAAAGGAUUUGGGUUUCAAUGGUGAACCGUUGCUAUCAAAUUCGAGCAGGAGCGAUUUGGAUGUCCCCCGCUCUCUAUUCCGUGAUGGCUUCUUCCCUGAUGGCUUGGAGCAGCAGCAGGCGAGGUUCGCGUGGACGGAGGAGGAUGGCAACAUCGCGUCACUGGUCUCCGAGCCAGGGUUCGGCACCACCGGACAGACUACGUUCGGAAAAGAUUUGGAUGCCGCGCUUAAGAGUGAGAUGAAGGAGGCAGAUACAUCAAGUUCUGUUCUGCAGCCGACAAACAGGAACGGACUUACAUUCAGCAAGAAGAUAUUUGGAGAGCCACAUCUCGUAUCUUCCACGUCAACUGGAAAUCCUGGAGCAGACAGAAACAAGAGCGGUCACGGUACAUGCAAGGUGGAUAAGACAGACCCUCGUUCCCGGUUUCAUUACGUUAAGUAUGUGAAGCGACACGGACGGACUGUCAAGCUGUGGGAGUGCGGCAUUUGCAGUCGCGAGUUCCAACACCAGUACACGCUGAUGCGUCACCUGCCCACGCACACGGACGAGCGCAACUUCCACUGCGUCGCCUGCGGGAAGAGCUUCCGCCAGCUCUCCACGCUCAGCCAGCAUCGAGCUAUACACUCUGCUGAGAGACCGUACGCUUGUGAGGUUUGCAACAAGACAUUCAACCGCGUGUCCACUCUGAUCUCCCACCGCAAGACCCACUCGGACGAGAAGCCUUACAAGUGCCACAUCUGUCCCAAAGGAUUCCAUCAGAAAGGCAAUCUCCGAAACCAUCUCUUUACCCACACGAACGAGCGUCCGUACCGCUGCAACAUCUGCUUGAAAGGUUUCAACCAGCAGUCGAACCUUGUCUGCCACAAAAACAAGGCUCACCCGGAUGAUAACAAUUGUCCUCCUGUCAAUGUUCGCGGCAGAACUACUCCGCGUAUUACACGGUCAGCCACAGAAACACAACCUGACUCUACCAGGCCUCAUGUGGAACAUUGCGAAGUUUCAUCAUCAGUGGGACCGUACUUACCUUCUGUUGAAGGCCCAUCAUCUUCGACCUGGACUCCCAAACCCGAACCCUGGGAAUUAUCCAAACACUACCUUGAACCCGGAGACAUUUGGAACGAAGGUCCAUGGGGUUCCAUGAGCAGUGGUGUGAUAGUUGACCCAAUAAAGACCUACCAUAUGGGAGUAGCUUUGGCGACCAGACAGACGCCAUUUGCAUUGUUAAAGCCUGAUAAUGGUACCCCAGUGCUGGUCAAAGUUGUUGAUACGAAGCUUCCUGGUGGCAAACAGAUGUUAGUGCCAGCAACAGCUGAAGAUUUGAGAGUUGGAGGCAAAAUCGUUUUGAAAAAUGAGGCUGAAGACGGUGCAUCUCAGCAUGGUGAUAUGGAACCAAGGUUGGAAGCUAAUGGUGCGGUUCAGAUUCGAGUACCAGUUGUGGCUACUGUAGUGCCCAGAAUUAAGGCUGGUGGGAGACUGCAGCUAACAGUUGAAGAGCCUCACCAUGCUUACCACACUGCUUUGUCUGCUGAUGUAGGAGAAGUGAACGUAGAACCUUGCACGACCCGCAACGACACCCGCGCGGGCGCAGCGUCACUCGCCCGCGCUGAUCCGCGCCGCAUCGACACCUGCAACACGUAUGAAGAUGGGUUACGUACUGGUACAAGAAUAUCAUCUACCUGUGCAUUACCGCCACCAGCACCGUCCCCUCCAUUGGAUCUGAUCUCUAUGGACCUGUUUGAGCCAAUGGAAUGUAUACCAUUAGGUCCCCAAAUAACGGCAGUGGACAAUAUUGACCAGCCGCCGCCGUCAGACGACUCUGAUAUAUUUAUCGGGGAGUUUGAGACGCACACCAUACCCCCGACGCUAUAGUCUUCACAUCAUGGACAAGACGAUGGACUACCAUCGCCAAUACCUGAGACUACUUCUGAUGCACUAAUUAAGGAGCGCAUAUAAAAGCAGGUUUUUGCACGAACUGAACAUAGUUUAUUUUAUUUAUUUUUUGUUUUAUUUUUAUUUAUGCAUGUGAAAAGGAUGAUGGUUUUGAUUUAGUUAUAAGCGAAAAUGAGUUAUGUUGUAAUAUACAUUAUACUUUUAUUGAGCAUGGAA